AUGAGUGCAUUCCAACAGGGUUGUGGAACAUUAGAAUGGCAGAAUGAAACUGAAGUGUGUCCUCAAGAAGCUGUAGAGAAACAAUUGUCCUCGGAAGCAAACGACAAGCAUCAAAAUUCACAAAACAGCGAGUAUUCGGCUUGUGAAGUAAAAUUGAAGCAUUAUGAAGGAAUGAGAAAUUGCAAGAAUGAACCAUCUGGUAAAGGAGUGGCCAAGUAUACGAAUGGUGACCAUUAUGAAGGCUCGUUCAGGAAAGGAGAAUUCUUCGGGGAAGGAGUUUUGCGGCAACGAUCGGGACAUUGCUAUAGAGGCGCAUUUCGCAAGGGUCUUCGCGAGGGACGUGGCACACAAACAUAUCCGGACUGCUCCACAUACGAUGGUGAUUGGUUGAGAGGAGUCCGCCAUGGGUAUGGCGUAUAUUCCUACCCAAGUAAGGAUGUUUACGAAGGGAACUGGUGCAUGGAUAAAAAGCAUGGCAUUGGAGUGUACUCAUUUGGCCCCAACAGGCUACGUAUGCGUGGAUCGUGGACCGAAGGGCACUUGGCUGGACCGGUGGAAAUACUGUUUGGAAGUGUUCGUUAUCACGGGAUAUGGGACGGAAUGGUCCUGUCGGAUGCUGACGAAAGUGUCUUCAAUAUUUCAUCUAAAUACUUGCUACGAGGCAUCAUAAAACGUGGUUCGUACGAUGAGUACGUGUGGACACCGAGUGAAAUUAAUCAGUACAGCCUCGCUCGCCUUCCACUGGAGCCGCUUCCAGUCCCAAUUCCGAUGAUGGAGUGUCAGGAUAGUGACAGUUCAGAACAAUCGUUGGUGGAUCCUUGA